AUGGAGGUCGAUAGUUCUCAGAGCCAUGUUGAUGUGUUACUUUCCAGUGAUUCAGAUCGUUGGAUGGAUUCCAUUGUACAGGUGAAAAACACAGUAAUUGGUAACAAUAAACAAAAGACCAAUGUUAUUGUCCAAGGCAUUAUCCCCAGACUUUUGCAGUGGAUGAUGGAUGACGGCAUUCCUCUGGACUUGAAAGUCGAAUGUUCAGUUGUCCUUGGCAGCCUCUCGAAAGGGACAGAAGCAAACAUUGUCAGUCUGGUGGAUGCUGGCUGUGUGCCCGUUUUAUUAGCUGCAAAGAGAUUGUCAAAUUAUGAUCUGAAGUAUGUGGAAGCCUGUUUACGUUGUCUACGCACAGUAUUUCUCAGUCCCUGUGCUCCAAAAGGAUAUAUUUUUGAGCAGGACUCAGCGAUCAUCCCUCAUCUAAUAAGUGUUCUUCCCAAAUCAGCUUGUACUCAGGAAUGCAUCACUACUAUAUUUGCCAACUGCUGUAAGACACAAGAACAUCAAAAUAUCUUGUGCAGCAAUGGAGCCAUUGACGCUUUGGCUCCUCUCCUCAAAUCCAAUAUUUAUAAGGUACAGAUGCCCACAUUACGGUGUUUCUCUGUGAUGUGUUAUCAGAAUGAGGAAGUUGCAAAAGCCAUUGCCAAUUAUGGUGGUAACAAGAAAGAGUCUAUUCCAGAGAUGUUGGUCCGUCUUCGUAAUCGAGAUAAGACAUCUGAGAUGCAGAUGGCAGCAGCUAAGUGCCUAACCUAUUUGUAUAGGGGAGGUGCCCUCAAUGCUAAUGAUCCUAUCAUCAUGUUGAAGACAUUACCGACCCUUAUUCGCAUGUGCAAGAAGGAUCGAACAUUGGAAGAAAAUGUGGAAGGUGCUGAAACUCUGGCCUACCUCAUUGAGGUGAACUCUGAACUCCAGAAAGUUGCAUCCAUAUCUGACCAUCUCAUCCGUACGUUAUCGGAAUACCUCAAGUAUACAAAUGUCCAACAGAUCAGCAGCACACAGACAACACAGAAGAAGGAUGUCAACUGGGGGAAUGAGCUAAAGCAGGCAGCAUUCAAAGCAUUUGCCUCACUUGGAGCAAAUGAUGAAGAUAUUCGCAAAAAAAUCAUUGAGACUGAGAACCUGAUUGAGCACAUUAUCAAUGGCAUGGAUAGUGAUGACGUCAAGGUGCAGGCGGCUGCAGUGCGCUGUCUGCAUAGCUUGUCCCGCUCUGUGCAGCAGCUGCGAACCACAUUCCAGGACCAUGCUCUGUGGAAACCUCUCCUUAAGAUGCUGCAGAAUGGACCUGAAGAGGUAUUGCGUGUAGCUUCCUCCACCCUGUGUAAUCUGAUGUUAGAGUUCUCUCCUAGCAAAGAGCCUAUUCUGGAAACGGGCGGUCUCAACAUCCUGGUCAACUUGACUAACAGUGAUGACUCUUUGCUCCGACUGAAUGGCGUCUGGGGACUGAUGAAUAUGACGUUCCAAGUUGGUGAAAAGAUGAAACACCAAAUCCUGGAAUCUCUGCAGACCGAACAGUUAUUCCGGCUACUGUCCGACCCUGACCCCAACGUCCUGAUCAAGACACUAGGAUUGCUGAGGAAUUUACUCUCGUCCAAACCACAUAUUGACAACGUGAUGAGUGGCUAUGGAGAUCAGAUCAUGCAGGCUGUGGUCUUCAUCCUGGAGGGCGAACACAGUGUUGACAUCAAGGAACAGGCCCUGUGCAUCCUUGGGCAUAUUGCUGAUGGCAAGUCAGCAAAAGAUUUUAUCAUGGGUAAUGAAGAUGUCCUUCGUAAACUGAUCAAUUAUAUGGUUCACAGCAAUGAGAAAGUACAGUUAGCCGCUGUGUACUGUAUUGGUAAUUUAGUAUGGAAUGAUGACGAAGGGUCUGCAGAAAGACAAGCACGUCUUCGGGAUUUGGGUGUUCAAAAAUCUCUUCACCAACUGUCCACAACAACUACAGGAGACCUACAACAGCGUGUGAAAUUGGCCCUGCAGCAAUUCUCCUGA